CGAUCCCAAUCGACGAACGUGUCAUUAAGUGACGCUGAUAACGUAAAAUUCGACAAAUAACGCGGGGUUAGUUAGUGCAAAUAUUGUAUAGAGAGAUUUCGAAGUGCCGCGUUGUUCCAAAUUUCGCUAGAAGAUAAUCGGAAUAAAAUCGGGCUUUCCCAAGCUAUUUUCUGUCUCGUCAGUAAGUAGGAGUUUCUCCUGAAGUAAACAUAUCAUAGAUAACGGUUUAUGUAAAGCGACAGGGGUUGAAUUAGUUAAAAUAACGCGAUGAAUUAGUGCGAACGGACUAUGGACCUGGGAGAGGUCGUGUGUUCUACCGUCAGGUGGCGGUAGCCUCAAAACAGUGGGACAUCGUACAGACACCCUGCAACGGGACUGUGUUUUUCACAGAAUUGUUUUCCGCGUUUUCCCGCAAAAAUUACGUUCUCUGGCGGUGAUUUUUUGUCUCAGAGGGCCGCAUCUAUCAACCCCACUAUCCGGCCGGCCGCUCACCUACUCACACCUAAGACGAAUUAUGUAGUUUUUCCAUUUGGUAUACAGUCAAUUUGUUCCUGUCUCGUUUAAAAGAGGAAAGGAGCCCAAUGUGGGUGGAAGUGAGAUGGCAUCCAGGGAAAAGAAACCCUUAGUGCCUUCAAAAGCAAAACAGAAGGCGAAUAAUGAUUGUAGCUUGCCAUCAAAUGAAAUUAAAAGUAGAAAGGGCAAGUCCUUGUCAAAUCUGAAACAGCAACAACUUGCACGAGAUAUAUUGGAGGCUGUAGCAACUGGUAGUCAACUUCCUCCAAAAUUAGAGGCAAGCCUACCGCGUAAAAAGGUUCUUAGGAAUCUGAAACAUAAGCAAAAGUUGAAAGUAGCAAAAGCAAAUCUAAUUAAAUCGAAGGUUACGAGGAAAGUGGCCAAUAGAAAUUUGUGUAGAAUACCUUCUGACAUCAAGAAAAGUGUGAGGACUAAAAGAAUCAAAUUAUCCGAAGAAAAUAGUACCAAGGCAUCGUCCAACAAAAGCUUGGAACAUCAGAUAAACGAAGCAGAAGGUGAAAAUAUAGGAGCAGAAGGUAAUAGAAGUGCCAAGAACAAUCUCAGGACUAAAAAGACCAAGUUUAUAUUAAAAAAUAUCGGAGAAGUGGAAAGUGAGGACAUUUUAGAUAGAGAUUCAGAUUCGGUUGCAGGUUGCAGUACGAAGAGCAGUCCAAAACUCAAUAGGAAGGGUAGAAGUUUGGAGAGUUUAGAAGUUUCUUUGCCCAGAGGUGUGAAAUCGAAAUUUUCAGGAUUCAAAAGAAACAGUAUCAAAGAGAAAGAUACUUUGAUAAAGACAGAAGUUGACAUCAAAUAUACAAAAGGGAGGAAGGCCACCAGAGACUUGGAUUACACGAGUAGUAGUAACACAAGAGUUUCCAAGUCCCUUUUGGAUAGUAAAAGUUCUAUAGAUCUUACCAUUGACGAAGUGAUAGCUUCAAUGUUGAGCGACACAGAGAUAGACAAUCAACAGGGAAUAGCAGAAAAAAUAGAGGGGAAAUUAACAAGGAGCAAGAAGAUGUUGGUGGAAGAGAAUAUAGUUUCGGAUAUUGAGAUUAAGAAAGAGCCAGACAGCGAAGAGAUUAAAAUUACUUCUGAUGGGGAGAAUUUUGAGACGGAAUCCAUUCAGAGUGUCUCAAUUCAUUUGAGAAAAAGAUCCAACGUAAACAUCAUCAAUCAAAGAAGUUUGAGGAAUGGCAAGCUGAGGCAAUCCGAUUCUGUGAUCUCCUGUGACUUAGAGCUUAAAAAGCGUCGACGAUUGAAUUCGGACGAUCCAAUCGGUUCGGAAGUUUCGUCCGCUGACAACAAUAUCGCUGAUAACAAUAUCGAUUCCGAAUCCAGUUUCUCCGAAUCCAGCGGCAAUGAUUCCCAAACGAUCGUGACACCGAUCAAAGAUGAAAUGUGCACGAGCAAAGAGACGUUGAAAAGUUUCGAGGACAGUUCCCAAAUUGGUCCAGAAGUGGAGAAUAACAACAACGGCGACAAGGGUAGCGAGUUAGGGCCCACGCUUCGCUCGAAGACCAAGGCGAAGAGUGGCGAGGUGGAGGUGAAAAAUGACAAUAUAAAAAUCGAGUACAGCAGAAUAAUACCUAAAAAUAUGGAGGUGCAGGAAGAGUUGAAAAAGAUGAGCAAUUUGGAUCAAGUUAGAAAGGACAAUAUAUUGGCAAAACUGUCCGACAAGUCCAAGGGUAGAAGGAGUAGUUUAAACAUAGACAUGAAGAAGACGGUGAACUCGUUCUACAACGCUACCGAUAAAUCGGACGGUAAUCCGAAAUCUCAGAUAGAUCAAAUGAUAGAAAACAUCAAGCUUACGAUCGCCAAAUCCAUCGAGAGUAAGAUCUUCGGCCCGGAGAAGGGGGGGCUUGGAUUGGGGAAAAACAACUUCGAGAUACCGAAAAUCGAAGAGAUAAUCGCACCGUUGAGCGCCGAGUCUCAAAAAUUAGGGCUGGAGGAAAACACGGGGGACGAGGACAACAACAAAUCCGCCCCGGGCGCGAAGAAUGAGAUGAAGCCGGACAAUUCGGAUAAUUCAAUACCAAAAGUGGCCGAUACUGCCAAAGAAAUUGAGAAACUAGUCAUGGGUGAUAUUGAAUUAGCCGAAACUCAUUCUCAAAACGUGCAGGAGAACGAGCCAUCUGACACCUCUGAUGCGAACAGCAACACUCACAGCAACGUUUCAGAGGUGGUGAAUAUUAUCGAAAACGAGGAUUGCAAAAUUGUCGUACAGGAGGAGGGUGAAUCGAACGAGACGUCCAAUCUGAUGAAGGAGGGGAUGAACGACGUCGAUGACGCGGAUGAAGAUCAGAUAAAAAUCUUAGACGACGGGAAGAAAGUUGUUAGGAAAUCCUCGAGGAUGGUGGAUAAAGUCUCUUCUCCCGAGAGCAAUGACAAUAAAAAAUUGGGGAAGGCGGCGGGCAAACAGGUGGCUGCUCACAAGCCUGAGAAUUGCGAGGAAUCGUCGCAGGGGUGUGAGAAAUCCAAGGAGACCGGGUCAAAGAGCAAAGAGUCGUUUAAAAACGAAUCCACGGAGAAUAAAAUUGCCUCUGAAUUUCCAGUUGACGGUGCGAUAACCGAGUCGAAGCAGGAGGAGACGGAGGAAGGCGCAGCAAAGGUGGAUGCGACGAACGAGGAUGGGGCCAAGGUUUCCACGACGAACGAGGACGUGGAAACUUUAGAGAGAAUCUCGAAAGAGGUGGAGAGGAUGGUGGCGGAGGACGAGUCUGCGCACCAGUUGCGAAUCGGCGCAGACGAGUCGCAAAACGAUCAGGAAUCUGCAACGAUCAAAACUGCGGCAGAAACUUCUUCAUCGUCGUCCGUUGAGUUAGCGAUGGAUGGUGCUGAGAAUCGAGGGACGAGUGCAGGCGAUGAGUUGGAAAAUAAGGACGAGGGCGAGAAGACGGUGGAAAAUGCCAAAGAAGUUGAGAGAAGAGAAGAGAGCGUGUCGGAAAUCGUUAAAAAAGAUAAAAAUGAUUGCGAAAUAUUAAUCAAUCUCGAUUCUAAUUCUAAAUGUAAUCUUACAGUUCCCAACAGUGGUUGCAAUCCUCUUCAAGAAGAAUUGAAAAAAGACUCGAACGAAAAUGAAAAGGAAGAUAAAUUCAACGAGGAGAAUGACGCCAAUAACGACUCCAUGCAAUUAUGUGAUAACGAGAUUUAUAACAAUUUGGAAAGCGAUACAACGAAAGAGGAUAAGAAAACGUCCGUGGAUACCGUGGAAGAGCAAAAAUCUGUCAAAGACCAAGAUACCAAGAAGCGAGUAUUAAGGACGCGUGACAAAACGAGGGGGAAGUUUGAAAAGGGGCAGGGUUCGUGCAAGGAAAAGGAGACCGUUUCGAAAGCGAGGACGGAAGAAGAGGAAAAACCGCAAAACUCCAAAGAGGAGGAGGAUUCGGAGGAGAAAGUUCAAGAAUCGAUGACGGAGGACACGGAUGACGCUCAAAAUAGCGGUGAGAUGGAUCCAAGUGAUCUGGUGGAGCCCCAGGCACGUACCAAACGUAGCAGAGAGGCGAAGAAACGUAAAGAGGAUCAGUUGAAUAUGUUGAAGAACAAGCGAGCGAAACGCGAGAUAAGGAGAUGCGAUCAGCAGAACAAGGAGGAGACCCUUUUGGACAACGAGGUAGCGAAGAUUAACGAGAACAAUCGGUCUUUCUUAAACAAAUAUGAAAACGGGGUGGAAUGCGCGACAAAUUUCAGAGGUUUCUCCGAGGGUGGAAGAGACAGCUUGGAGAAGCACGAAAAAGCCGCGGAUAACGUGAGAAGUAAGUCGGAGAAUGAUCUGAUCAUAGGGAAAGAAAAUGGUAGGAAAACGUGCGAGAACAGAUUGUCGAGGAAUUUGUCUGAGAACCACGUGACUAAAGAGGUGGAAAAUAUGGACAUGCUGGACGUCGAUUGCAAGCCUAUAAAAACGCCGGAAACGUCGCAGAAAGACUCUGACGAGACGUCCACUUCUGGGGAAUCGUCGAGCAGUGUCAAUAUUACUCCAAAGAUUUUGGAGACGCCUGAGGACAAGGCGAAGAAAGAGUCAAUUUUGAGACUACUUGGUUUGGAAUCCCUGGAAAAAGCUGCCGAGAGAUUGAAUCAUCAAAAGGCGAAGAAAGGGCAGUCCACAGGAACCUUAAAAACCGUGAUUCGUGUCCAGAAAGAGAGGGAGAAGGACAAAAGGCGAUCGAGAUCACCGCUAAAAAUGGUACUGAAACAGGGUCGCGGAGAUGGUGAAGGAGACUCGCCAGAAAAUUUCUACACUAUUCAAAAGGAGUUAGGAACCAGUGGUUGGGGAGAUAGCAGCUCUGGUGCGAACCGAAAGUUCUCUACUAACCACAGACACUCUUGCGACGAAGAUAAUGAAGAUGCAGCACCAAAGGAUCGUCAGUCUCUUGUUAUUCCAGAAAAAUCCUCUUCUUUUUCCAUUCAUCCAGGACGCUUGUGUGCGGACGUAUGUUGUUAUUGCUUUGGGAAAUUCGGUUCUUUAGAUACACCAAUGCAUCUUGCUCAAAUGAAAUCUGAUGAAAGGCGCAAAAAGAUUUUAAACAUAGAAAGACAUUUAACUAAGGAUUCUUGUUUAUGCGAUGCUUGUUACCGCCAUGUGGACAGAAAGGCGAACACAAGUCCAACAAAUAUGCAAACGAAGCCGCAAAAACAACACCGACAACUCAUGGUAUCCAAGUGUUCAGCCCGUGAUUGCAGAGAUGCUGCACGACAUCAUGUCAAACGUCGAUGGUUGCUCAAGAUAAAAGCUGGCUUACAAAAACAGGUGGACAUUGAUUGGGAAUCGAGUCAACAUACAUCCAUGUCGUUCUGUGUCAGUCAUUAUUCGAAAAUCGAAAGAUUCUUGACUUGUGCAUUGUGUAAACGCCGAUUAGCUAGAAAUCACACUCAUCAAUUGGCAAAUACGGAAACUGACGAAUUGAAUCAAUUGCUUGGACAACAGGGGAUCCCUGUUUUAUUGUCGGCCGGCACUUUUGUUUGUAAAUUAUGCCGUUACUUUACACAAUUGCAAUUGAAAUACAAGGACGUGGAAAACAUGAACACGAAUCAUAAAUCAUUCUUCAAGAAUUAUCGAAAAAGAAUUCUACAUUAUCACGAUAUUGAAGUUCUGGAAAAUGAAGACGAAGAUUCGUCUCAGAAUAAUCAGUCGAAAGACAAAGACAAAGAUAAAAGGAAGAAAGCCAAGUGCAGUACUCAAACCAAGACUGCAACGUUUAAAUCUCCAGAUGGUACGAUAAAUUCCACUUUUGAAAAGUCUAUCCCAGAAUCGAGUAAAAACGAGGGAAUUAAUUCUGAGAUGGACAACGAAAAUCGUACCGUGAAAGGGAACUUGAGCGAUGAAAAUGUCGUGACAGAUGUGCAGUUCCUAGGUAUCGAGAACACCGUGGAGAAAUUGAAAAAGCGUAAGCUACUCGACACGAAUCCCUAUACAACGUCAGAUACAACGAUAUCUUGUGAUAAUCCAAACGAAGUUGUUGAAAUUCUCGCGAUGGACAAAGAAGUGACGUUAACCAGAUUGCCAAAGAGACCAAGGACGAAUAACGAUAUCACUCCAGUUGUACAGAGACUUGGUGCUAACCCCUCCAUUAGCGUGCGCACCCUUUUCCCCGGCGAAGAAGAAAUGAAUCUUCAUGCCAAUAUAGAGUUCACAAAUGUGCGAGAAAUAACACCCCAGGGUUGGGAGAAAUGUGCUACUAUGAUACAAUACGAUAGAGAUACGAAACUCCUUUGGCAAGAAUUGCAAAGACCAUACGGAAAUCAAAGCUCAUUUCUCAGGCAUUUGAUACUUUUAGAAAAAUAUUAUAGAUCCGGUGAUUUAAUUUUAGCUCCAAAUGCAUCACGGAAUGCAAUUAAUUACUCGACUUCCGUACAGAAUCGAUUGAUAUCGUACGAAGGUCCAGAAAAGAUGGAUGAACCAAUAAUGGAGCCAAUCGCCUCGGAGUAUCACAAUUCUCGUCGAUUGAGCGGUGGUUACGUGCUCGAAAGAGAUAAACCUCCUUUACCAACCAUAAACACUCCCAAACAAUUAUCGUCCAGCAAUACUGCACAAUCAAUAAAGAGUAGUCCUCCACGGAUACUGAAAUUAAAUCCUGGAGUGUCUAUAAUUAAAAAACCACCGCCUAACCUCCAACGGUUAAAUCUUCCCUCUACUAGCACCACCGCGAACGGUAAUAUGAAACGAAAGGACGGUCAAAAAUUACCAACCGUCGGUGGUAAAGUAUUCCAAUUAAGCGAACCUGAUUUUAAACGACUGCAAAAUCUGAAAAAACAAAAGCAGCAAAUGAUUACGGAGAAACAAUUGACCAACUCAAACGGAGGCAUGAAUAACUCGAAUUCCUCGCAAAAUUUAAAAUCAGUCACGCAGUACCAAAAAGCGCAAAUCGCCGCGCAAACGCAGUUUCAAAAACAUCUAAGAAUGCAACAGGAGAUGCUAAAUAGACAAAGCAGGAGCGACUUCGAGCCGUUGAUUUGCGACGUGCGUGCAUUGGCAAACGAGAAUAGUCCGACGCAAAAUCUGUUGCAUAACCUAAAUCUGCCGAAAUCGAUACAGGUGACAACUAAAACGUCCAAUCAGAUUCCAAUAUUGCCAAAAAUUCCGAAGUCAUUGACAGUGAUACCGCAAACGGUCACCAGACCAGCCGAAAAAUGAAACGACAAGAAGGACAAAUAAGAGGAUGAACAGUAAGUAAACAAUAUAUAGAUUAAUUCUUUCUUACGAAAGUGUAUAAAAGGGUGAAAUUCAUUAUCCAAUCCAAAUGGAUAAAAGGAAAAGGUGUUUUGUGAAAGAAAAAGAAUUAUCAAUAAGGUUAUGUCGUAACGAAUAACCGGAGAGAAUUAUUGAUCGAACUUAUAUUUUAAUACCAAUCAUGGUGGAUAGAGAAACAUAUCGAAAAUGUUUGAUAUGUGAAGAAUUAAUUAACGCUCGUUUUGAGUAGCGACAAUAUCUGCCUUAUAUAAAAAAAAAAAAACAAGUGCAAACGGAAUGUUUUUGCACUGCUCAAAAGAAAAAAAAAAAAAAUGAUUUUACGAUGGUAUGGUAAAUAAACGUACGUAUCGUGAUAAUCACAUGCGCGCAUGCGUACACGUUGUGAUAGUGUAUUACGGGAAUGUUUUGUUAAAAAACGUUACAACAGGAACAAAAAUAUGAAGAACUGAAUAACAAUCAUUAAUUAUGUUGUACACUAACAACCAAAGUAUCGAUAAAAAAAAAAAA